ACCUAGCAGCUGGUCCUUGGUAUGUCAGAAUCUGGCUGCUCAUGUCAGUGUGACUGCUUGUGCUGUGCGAAACUACACGACUGCUGCUUUCCAUGCAACUGUUUGCAGAUAUGCUUCCCGUGCCUGCCCCGCAGCUGCAGCACGCUGCAAGACUGGCUCCACAUGAUCCUGCUGCUGGGCGUGGUGGCCUCGGCCGUGUGCACCGGCUUCUCCAUCUACGUCAUCGCGGCCAGCGAGACCUGCGCCUCGCCGUUCUGCAUCCGGCAGAUCCUGACGCUGUUGGUGGCGAUUCCUAGCAAUUACAGUUUCGUGAUGUUUAUCCAGGAGUACGACGCAGGCUCCCUCACAAAGCACAUGCAGACGACGCAGCAAGCGGUGCAAGAGCUGGUGAGGGCGCAUAAUGCAGAAGCCAAAGAGCUUAGAGAGGUGAUUCGCAAGAUGACGGGCAACGCCGUGGCGUUCGCCAUGGAUUGCUUCAAGACGCGGCGGGAGGAAUUCGAGAAAUUUCUGGUUGGCUCGAAGCUGUACCACGCAGAGCUUUAUGAGGCCGAGAUGCUCGAGGCGUUCAAGCGCUUUGUCAGGAAGUGGGUUGAAGUCUAUGCCCAGAGCCUCCUGGACCCGGACAUGCUGCGCCAAGGUUUGGAGGCGGACCUGCGCAGCUGUGAAACAUUGGAAGAAACGUGUGACACAGUGCUGCAGCGCCUGACCGCCACGAAGAGCGUGACGCUGCAACAGCGCAGUCAGGAGUUGCACGAAGAAGUGAGACACAGCCAAAACCUACAAGAGGCCUUGUGCAUCAUUGACGAUGCCCAGCAAGGGCAAUCCAUGAUUAGUAGUUCCUCUGCGCUGGCGUCGGUGGACCCCAGCAAGAAGUGCGGCAUCUCCUGGCUGCGCUGGGGCUGCACCAGCUUGGGGCUCCAACUUGGAAGGACCCGAGACAGGGACUUCUCCCACGAGUGGCCCCGCACCGUUGGAUUCGGACUGGGAUCAGUCACGGUGCUAUCUGCUCGUCACCGCCUUUUUCUUUACCUCUUCAUCUUUGACAUCAUCAUGAUACUCCUUGAGGUUUACGCGCGCAGGCCGUGGCUCACAGCGCUCUUUGGGGCCAACGAGGUUUGUGUCAUCAGCAUCUUGAUUUGCUUCGAACAAAUUGACGAGAUCGCCAAGCUCCAGCGCCAAGAAACGCGUGUCCGCGCAAAGAGGGAACGCCUGGCCGAGAAGAAUCAGCGGGCCAAGGAGGACUGGACAAAGGUGCAGAGACUCUUUGACCUGUGGAACUACCGCACGCAGCCUUUCCUCACGAUCUUGGGGAAGCUGCAUGGCAUCUUGGAGGGCAUGGACCGGGACAGUUACAUGGCCGGCAGAAUGAAGGGGCAAUUUCACGCGGGGGAUCGCCUGCCGUGGCUGCGAGAAGUCAACGAGCGUAUCUACGCGCUGGAUCAGCACUUGGAAGCCGAGGAUUGGGUUACUGAGGACCCUGGCCAACGAGGCAACAGGCAGAUGAUCGGCCUGAAGCUGAAGGACGCAGAGAGGGCUCAGGACAUUCAGAGCUGGCUGCGCCAGCAGUGACAUUUUCAAGAGAUUAUGAGGGGCCAGCGGCCAGAUUGAGCACUUGGCUCAUCUUUGCCUUAUUGGCUACCUGGAAGCUGGAAUCGAUUGCCGCCCACUUCCGCAGUGGGGCAAAAUGG